AGACCACAGAGUGGGCGGGAGCAGCGGUGUAAACAGCUGGUUAGCUCCGCCGCGGCUCAAACUGAGCUAAGAGUCCGUCCUCCUGCUCUCCGGACCGGCUCCUGCUCUCCGGACCCUCCGCUCCGAGGACCUCCAGCUCCGGGUACAAAUGGCCGGUGUGUUCCUGAACUGCUCCGCUGCCUGGCGCUUAGUCCGCGGCAGAAGUUUGUUCAGAUUGUCGGUCGCUCCGAGUCUGAAGCUUCACACCACAGCGUCUCGUACGAUGGGUGCGAGUGUGGAGCAGUUUGAGCAGGCGAAGAACAAACUGUCGUCGCUGCAGAAAGAUCCAGGAAACAAAGUCAAACUGAAAAUCUACGCUUUGUUCAAACAGGCCACUCAGGGUGCCUGCAACACAUCCAGUCCAGGAAUGUUGGACUUUGUCAACAAGGCUAAAUGGGAAGCAUGGACGUCUCUGGGCUCCAUAUCACAGGAUGAAGCCAGGCAGCAGUACUGCGACCUGAUUGGUUCCCUGGUGGGGGCAGAAAAUCCAAGCAGCGCACAGGAGGCCGCAAAGGCUGCUGGGAGCGGGCCGACGUACAGCACGCUGCUGGUCACCACGGAGGACAACAUCACAUUCAUCAGACUGAACCGACCCACAAAGAAAAACGCCAUCACGACUGAGAUGUACAACGAGCUUAUUGCGGCUCUGGAGCAGGCGGCGAGAGACGAUUCAGUCCUGACUGUUUUAACUGGAGCUGGAGACUUUUACUGCAGCGGAAAUGACCUGAACAACUUCCAGCUGCAGGGGGGAGGGGUGGAGGAGAUGGCUCGACAGGGGGCGGAGCUGCUCAGGAAGUACGUGAGGGCCUACAUCGACUUCCCGAAGCCGCUGGUAGCUGCGGUGAACGGACCGGCGGUCGGAAUUUCCGUCACUGUGUUGGGACUGUUCGACCUGGUGUAUGCUACAGAGAGGGCGACCUUCCACACUCCGUUCAGUCAGCUGGGACAGAGCGCUGAAGGCUGCUCCUCCUACACCUUCCCUAAAAUCAUGGGCUCUGCCAAGGCCAGUGAGAUGUUGUUGUUCAAUAAGAAGUUGACGUCGUCUCAGGCUUGUGAACUCGGCCUCGUCACGGAGGUUUUUCCCGACAGCAGCUUCCACUCUGAGGUGUGGACCAGAUUGAAGAACUACGCCAAGCUGCCACCCCAGUCUUUGGCGUUUUCGAAGCAGCUGAUUCGCUCGAUGGAAAAGGAGCGUCUCUACGCGGUGAACGACGCUGAGGUGGAGUGUCUGAGGGAGCGCUGGACGUCAGAGGAGUGCGCCAACGCCAUCAUGAGCUUCUUCCAGGCCAAGGCGAAACUCUGAGGGGUCGGGACUCUGAGCGUCCCACUGAUCUACGUCAGCAGCUGAUGAAGAUGUUGAUCCUCAGACUUUUCUUCUGGUCAACAUCUAGUUUUCAGUUUCACAACCAUGGACUGUGCACAGUGCUAAUGUUAGCAUGCUAACAACAUGGUAGUAGAUCACCUUAACUUUCACUGGUCUAAUGACAGAAGGUUUGAAUUCAGCUGCAGGUUUGUUUUCAGACGAAGUUGAAACCGUCCAGAGUUUGCGUUUCCAUUUCAGUUUGUCUCGUUAAAGUGCCUGAAACGUCCUUCAUAUCAAACUCUUCAAUAAAAUCACUAAUUAUUUCACAGA